CCACGAGACGGCUUUUCAGAAGUGCAUCGCCCGAUGGAUGGCUCCCGAAGUGCAUCAUACCUUGUCCCCCGGGCGCUUGGUCAUCAAUGUCACAGGCAUCGACCAUGCGCGCGCCUUUGGGGACUUGGAUGUGAAGGAAGAUUGCGUGACCUUCCUUGCCAAUGGCGAGAGAGUCCUUCUGAGCUUGGCACCUGGAACGAUCAACACCAACGAUUGCUCCGCUCGUGUCAGGAAAAAGGACCUCAUCAUUGCCUGGCAAUGCGAGGAACCGGAACGAGAUGAUCGUACCUGCAUGCCGAUCCUCACGGCGGGCAUAACACACAGCCCACCACCUCAAGUCUCACCGAUGUCGAAAGAGGUGCAUUUUGCAUGUGCUGCUUCGGUGAGAUGGGCAGCUGAAAAACUGGCGAUCUUGCAGAUACCAGAAACAGCUGAAGGCUUCCAGCGUUUCAAGGCAGAGGUCGGCCUGGCCGAGUUGGCCUUCUAUGCGCUUCGCCUGGCCAGGCUCGGCACGCCAAAGGCGCUGUGGCCGCAGCUCCAGGCCGCGGAGGCACAGCUGAGUGAGGCCCUGAGGCAGAGAGCAGCGGGUGAAGAGCCCCAGUUUGAGGUCAUGGCCUCCGUGUGGAGCACCGUGCAGCGCAUCGCCGGCGCUGUGGAAGAUGUGACCAUGGAGGUCGCAGAGGCGCCACUCUUGGGGAUCGAGGCCAACGCGAGCGCUUCGCUCGCCGGGCAGCGAUGGACGCUGAGAGAUGGCCGUCCUUUGGGCCCCGGCAUAGGCACGUGGAAGUUGUCGCCCUCAGAAGCCGAGGAGAGCGUGGCUGCCGCAUUGCGAGAAGGCGUCCGCCACGUUGACACUGCCGCGGAGUAUGGCACAGAAGAGGCCGUGGCACGAGGCAUUCAACGAGCAAAGGUGCCCCGAGAUGAGAUCUUCGUGAAUCUGAAGGUGGCGGCCGAAACAGCUGAGGAGCUUCGGGAGGUCAUCGCCACAUCGUUCAACCAAUGGGGUGCUGGUGCCGUGGAUUGUUUGAUGCUCCACCGGGCUCCAGAGAACGACCGGAAAUUGGAGACGUUGUGGUCUGUCUUGGAAGAUGAGGUGAAAGCCGGGCGUGCCAAGUGCUUGGGCGCCUCGAACAUCACGGCCGCCCAACUGGAGGUCUUGACCAGCCCGAAGCGGCCCGAGCGCUUCUGGCCAGCAGUGGUGCAGCUGAAGUGCUCUGUCUUCCACCAAGGAGGAUAUUUCAUCGAGAAUGCCUCCGCACUGUGGCAGAUACUGCGGAGCAAACGGAUCAUUCCCGUGGGCAUCUCGUUGUUCAAUCCGUUGCACUCCUGCAUCAGUCCGCUUGAGGAGCCCUUGUGUCGCCACUGGGCCAAGCAGCUGAGCUCCAGUCCCGCCCAGCUUUUGUCCCACUGGACGGUGGCAAUGGGCGUUUGUCCGCUGCUGCGCUGUUCUCCUCACCACGCCGUCGUCUUCAGCACCUCGUUGCAGAUCCCAUCCUGCUUGGUCGCCGCCCUGACCAGCCUCUCCAACCUGACCGAGACGUCCUUUUGCCCCUCCAUGCGCGAGAUGCUGGGCCUGCGCAAGAUGCAAAGUCGGAGGAGCAUCAGCCGGGGCGACCACUUGGCCGGAUGCUCGGUGCAGGUACACAGCUUGAAGUCUGUCAAGGGGCAACAGCUGAACGGCAUGCUCGGCGUCCUGGUGGACUUCGACGAGGAGUCCGGGCGUUGGCAGCUCACCACCAGCGAUGGACGGAGUCGGAAGAUGCGACCCGAGAACUUGGCCAUGGUGACGGCGGACACUCCGACCGACACGGCGGACGAGCGUGCCGCAGCAGCAGGGGUGUUCCUUCAGGAGCUCUUGAGCACGGGAAGCGCGGACGCCAUGCUGGCUGUGCUGCGGCAGCGGAAUAACGAGGUGGAUUGGGCCUUGCUGGAGACGGUGUCCGCGAACCUGUCCUUUGCCGAGUCGAAAGGUUAUGCUGUGAAGCAGCAAGUCCUGACGCGCUUGCUGGGCGAAGUGAAGCAGGUCCUAAGUCACCAGGAGCCGAGGGUGCGAACGGUGCUGCUUCCACCGCCCUCCCUGGAUGCGACGGCCUCCUGGAAGGGAACGCCCGAGGAGUCCCAGCGUGUGCUCGCGGCGGUCUCCGCCCUGCUGGAGGCGCAAGGCUACGCGAUCUGCGAUCACUUCGUCUCUGACCAGGACGUUCAGCUCCUGGCCCAAGAGCUGGCGGCCUACGACCGGGAGUUCGAGACAGCAAAGAUUUGGGUCGGCAAGCAGGCCUCCGGCGCCCAGCUCUCGGUUCCCACGGUGCGAUCGGAUCGAAUCAUGUGGGUUUGUGGUGAGCAUCGCACGCCUGCGCGCGAGAUGCUUUGGGACUCUGCAGGCCAGCAGCCGGCCGAAGGCUUGGCGCCCUGCCGUCCCGAGGUGGUCAUGGAGAAGUCGACCGCUGGAUUUCCGGAGCUCCGGAAGAUCAUGAACCGCGUGGACGACUUCAUCCUCAAGGGCCUCUCCAAGCAUGUGGGACGUCUCAGGGGCCUUGCCGAGCGCUCGGAUGCCAUGAUCAGCAUCUAUGAGAAUGGUGCUCGCUUCCAGAAGCAUGUGGACAAUCCCAAUCGUGACGGUCGCGUCCUGACCUCCAUCGUGUACUUGAACUAUGGAGAGCCCUGGGGCGAGGACGACGGUGGCCACUUGCGGAUGUUCUUGGAUGGCGAAGGGGCUAUCGAUUUGGCGCCGGAGACUGGGCGCUUGGUGCUCUUCUGGGCCAAUGAACUUCCUCAUGAGGUGUUGCCUUCGAAGCGGCGUCGUAUGGCGUUGACCUACUGGUGGUUCGACCGGGCCGAGCGAGAGGCCAAAGUGCGCGACCUGGGCGAGGAGGUGGGGGAUACGCACCUGAAGAUGAAAGAGGAGCGUCUGGCACAGGAGUUCAUGGCUUUCAUGCUCAGCGAGUCGUCGAAGCCGAAGGAGAUUUACCAAAAGGCCAAGCUUUUGCCACCCAAGAGUUUGUCCACGGUGGCAGCUGUCGUGGGGGCGGCCAACAACACCGAGGCCUUGGAAGGCAUUGGACGCUUGUCGUCGAAGGAUUUGGAGCGCCUGCGCGGAUCCAUGGGCAAAAUGGGCCUCGACUGAGUCGGCGGUCUCGCCGGUGGCACGUCACGGCAAGCCAUGGUACCGCUGGCAUUUUAAACGGCCACGCAGGUUGCACGGUAGCGCAAGCCACUUGGGGGCAGGUUUUGGAGGAGCUUUACAUUACUAAAUUACUGGGACUGGUACGGGUGAUAGAAGUCGUGGAAG